AUGGCCCAGCGCAACAUCUUCAUCGACCCCCAGGGCUUCGUGCGCAUCAGCGUCAAGAUCAUCGACGUCCGCGAGGCGUACUUCAGGGUUGCGACGGACGUCGACCUGGCCCGGAGCGUGACCGGCCGCGGCGGCGGCGGGGACUUCGCGGACUGGAGGACCUGCCUCCCGGCCAAGUCCUUCAAGCACGAUCAGCUCCUCUACGUGAUCCAGAAGGUCUCCGAGCUUACUGGGGUCCCGCUGGUGAGCUGCCGCCCUUGGCUGUGCAUGCCUCGCAAGAAUAGGAACGGUCCCCCCGGUCCCCUUCGGCCGGCCGCCGCCCUCCUGCCGCAACACCUCCAGAUGAGCAUCUGCGAGAUUCUUGCGGCGCACGCAGCUACCAAGCAAGACCAGCCGCCCCUCUCCAUCCACUACCCGCCGGUCGUCUCCGGGAGCAACGAGCCGGAGUUCGUCUUCGUCGGGAAGGCGAUGGCGCACAGGACGGACCGGGGCUGCGAGCUGGUGCCCAUCGCGUUGAGCCUCGCACACCUCCCGGAGGGACUCAACCUCGAGGUGUUCGAGCAGAUCACACCGGAGGAAGUCCGCCGCUUCAACGGAGACAAGACGGUCGCCGAGGCCGGCCUGUCCCACGGGUCCAUCCUCCUCUUCCGCAGCGCCCAGCAAGAGACGACUCCGUCACCCUCCCCCCCCCAGCAGACGGCGGCGGCGGCGCCCCCCCCCCAGGAGCAGCAGGCUACGCCGCCGCAGCAGCAGCAGCAGCAGCCGAAGCAGGAGGAGCAGCAGCCCGCGGUAACCGUGCCCCCGGCCUCGACAGUGUCCUCCGUGGUCCCGUUCAACACGGCUGCGGCUGCGGCCGCGGCGGCGGCGAUGGCGGCUCACGCCACCGUAACCCACGCCCCCAAGCCGGCCUUUCCCCCGGCGAGGAGCGGCAGGAUAGAAGACGCCGUCGCCGCCGCCGCCUCCGCCGCCACUAGCAGCGGGCCUACCGCUACCGCCGGCGGCGGCGGCGGCGGCGGCGGAAAAGGCGAGAAGAGCGCCCCGGGGUGGGAUGGGGGCCCCGCAGCGGUGGUAGGGCGGGUGGCGUCCCCCCCCGGAGAGAUCCCGGUCGUGAUGGACCCCGCGGCCCAGAGGCGGGCGACGUGCCUUGCGCUGUUCCAGGUCCAGGAGAACCAGCGGCAGCACCAGGCGAAAGAGGCAGCGAGGGCGGUCGCGAAGAAGCUAGCGGCAGAGGCGGUGCUCACGUCAGCCAAAGAAAAGCUCAAGAAGAUCGCCACCUCCUCCUCAUCAUCAGCGGCGGCGGCGGCGGCGGCGACGGCGUCAGACAAGACUGCCGAUGGGGAGAGCAAGGCGGCAGCGGCGGCUGCGGCGGCGGCGGCGGCCGAGGCGCCCCCGCCGCAAUUCCUGACCCCCGCGCAGCAGGCGGAGGUGGCGGCGGCGGCGAGGAUGGCUGCCCACGCCGCCGCGGUGGAACACGCCCAGUCGAAGGCCCAGGCCUACCGAACCGUGUCGAUUAUGGAAGCCCUCCGAGAAGGAGCGCCGCCGAUGUCGACGCCGCCGCCGGCGCAGCUGCAGCCGUCGGCACCGGCGAUGGGAAGCGUUGUAGCGCAACAGGCGGCGGUGGCGGCGGCGGCGGCGGCGUCGGCUCGGGUUUCAGCACCACCGCCGGCCGCCGUCCCCGCCCGCGUUCCGGCUGCGUCCGGCGAGGGUACGGAUGGGAAAGCAGGCGGUGUUUCUUCGGGAGGCGACGACAAGCUCGCAGGCAAGGGGACGGGGGUAGAUGGGGGCUCCACGGGAAGCGCCACCACUACGACCGCCUCCGCUCCCGCGGGGGAGGGAGGAGGAGGGUCGAGGAAGAGCGCAAAGACGACGGACGCGCGUGGAGGCGGGGGGGGGGAGGAGGCCGCCCCGGCGGCGAGCCCCGCGCCUUCGGCCGACCUUGCCUCGUUCAUUGCUCAGCUGAUGCACGUGCCGGGGUUCACGAUGGAGAAGUGCAUGGAGCUCACCAGGUCCAAAGAGAGGGCAGAGAUCGCAGCGGGCUCGUCGGACAAAGCCAUAAGGGUGUGGGACCUGGCCACCGGCGUGGCUCUGGCACUGUUUAAGGGCCACAAGGAUGACGUCGAGAGCAUCGACUUCAGCGCGAUCGCAAGCGCCAUCAAGACCAUUUCCCACGACGAGAAGGACUCUUUCAGGUCUCGCCAGCUUGAGAGGCUCCUCGCCAUUAAGGAGAAGGAGACCAGCACCGAUGGUGACGGAGACGACGGCGGAGAUUGA